GCGUGGGAUCCACUCAGCUGUAUGAGGUAUGGGUCGAUGGGUGGAUGAGAGAAGGGGAUGCGCCGCUAAGGAGGCUCCGCGCGGUGUUCAGGAACUUAAAGCUUAUAGAAAAACGAAAGACAACUCCCACACUAGAAAUCGAAUAUGUGACAAACGUCCACAGAGUGAGUGACAAGCAGCCCACUUGAGAUCCCCGUUCAGUAUUAAAGACUCAUCUUAACCCUCGCUGGACGACAGAAGCCACUUCCAUCUCCUGACUGAUUGCGAUUUUCCCAUCAUGCCACUGAUCGUGUUGUCCACCCCCCGGCUGCUAUGGGUGCGUUUAGCUGCCCUGGUGUUCACCUGCGUGGCGUUCAGUGUCGCAGCACACGGAGCCUGGGUGCACAACGUAAGCAUGGGUGACUGGUGCAUCUUCUGCUGGGCGUUCAGCUUCACCUGCACCCUGCUGGUCCUGCUGGUGGAGCAGUUCGGCCUUCAGGCCCGAGCCCCGGUUUCCUGGUCCAAUUUCCCCAUCACUAUCGCCUGCUACGCCACCUUCCUCUGCCUCUCUGCCUCUGUCAUCUUCCCAGUUUUUUUCAUUAAAAACCAGAGGCUUAAUGACGAGGUUCGUGGAUAUCGCAUCACUUCCACCGUCUUCUCCUGCCUUGCAACGGUAGCCUACAUGGGGGAGGUGAGCCUGUCUAAAGCGAGACCAGGAGAGGUGGCAGGUUACAUGGCUACUGCUCCAGGCCUGUUGAAGGUGAGCCAGACCUUUGUGGCCUGUGUUAUUUUCAUCCUGGUCAGCGAACCCGUGUCAUACAACCAUCACGCAGCGCUCAAGUGGUGCAUGGCCGUCUACUGCAUCUGCUUCAUCGUCUCCAUGGCUGUGGUGGUGAUGUGUGUGGGCGAGUGCACCGGCCUUCUCCCCAUUUCCUUCCCCAAAUUGCUGUCUAUUUACGGGAUCCUGGCAGUUAUCAUGUACUUGAGUGCAACCAUCAUCUGGCCCGUGUUCCAGUUUGACAAACAGUACCGGUAUGGAGGCCAAGAUUCAAAACUGAUCACUGUCUCGGUGCUUACUGCGCUCAACUUCCUGCUUUACCUCGCUGACCUGGCCUACUCUGCCAGACUAGUGUUUGUCACUGCCUGAGAAGAAGAGAUGAAGAAGGGAGACCCAUUGAGUGAUGGAGAACAGAAAUAAAUUGUAUAAGAGCUUGAGUGGCUUUGCAGAAAAGUCUAGCUAAUGUCGAACUUACUCUUCCUUUUUGGUGUCUAAUUGUAAAAUGCUGCAGUGAGAUGUCAUGUUAAAACAAGGAAAGUACAUGUUUAUAUAUUCCCAGAUAUCUGCGGUGACAGUAUUUAACCUCUAAUGUGAUUAAACCUGUGCUAAAUAUGCAACACAAGUUUAAUGUGAACGAUCUAAAGGUGAAAUUUCACAUGAUGGUGUGACAAAAGCUUGUAAUGUUGUUAUAAUCCAAUGAAGUCAACACACUGGAGCUCAGGUGAACAACAGAAGAAAUGGGAAGAAAUGUAUUUACUAUAUCUGAGACAUGCAGAGGAACUUGUAUAAUACCCCACACUCUCAUCACAACCUGACAAAGGUUUGUUUAAAGUCUUCUUUUGUUAAUAAGCUUUUGGAGGAAAAUAAUUUAGCUGUCCUUUUGUGCUGAUAUCAUAUGAUCUGAAACAUUUUAAAAGAAAGAAUUUGACCAAAUAAAGCUUUUAGUUAAACCAAUAAAUAUUUUAUUUUUUAAGCACA